AUGUCAGCUCCAUUCGGAGCCAGCGACGCUGGCAGCCAGGGAGACCUGGCCGGAGAAAACCCCAGACAACAGGCCUCGCCGGCAACAUCAAGCAGCAUCGGAACAACACCAGAAAACGCCCAGAUUGCGCUUCCAGAAGAUAUAGAGGCUGAGCUGCAGCACUACAACUUCCUUCUCGAGCAGCUUCUGGACGUCAUCUCGCGUGGCGAAGAGGACUCCGUCUCGCGCGUGAUUUCCGUUAUCCGUUCAGGCGGUUCGCAUCGCCAGAUCCUCGACAUCAUCAAACAGCAAUCCGACAGUCAAACCGAGAGCAACGCGGUUAUUUAA